UAGUUUUCAUCAAAUUCUCAUCACUUUCCAAGUUAUUGUAUUCCAUAAUUAUCUGUUUCACUUCUAACAAAAUGGCUCUUCUGCCAUAUUCAAAAUGCAGCUUUCUUUUUUCAGUCAUUUUCCUCUUCUUGACAUUAUCAUCAAUGUCUGAAGCAGAGCUUGAUGCUCACUACUAUGAUAAAACAUGUCCCCAAGCUGAGAAGAUCAUUUCAGACGCGGUUCACAGAGCUUCCACAUUUGAUCCAAAAGUUCCAGCUAGGAUCUUAAGGAUGUUCUUCCAUGACUGUUUCAUUAGGGGAUGUGAUGCAUCAAUAUUGCUGGACUCAACACCCAAAAACCUGGCAGAGAAAGAUGGCCCUCCUAAUCUCUCUGUUCAUGCAUUCUAUGUUAUUGAUGAAGCCAAGGCCAAGCUUGAGAAAGCUUGCCCACACACUGUUUCCUGUGCUGAUAUAAUAGCCAUUGCGGCUAGGGAUGUGGUAGCAUUGUCUGGAGGACCAUACUGGAAUGUGCUAAAAGGAAGGAAAGAUGGAAGAGUCUCAAAGGCAUCAGAAACAGUCAACCUACCAGCUCCAACCUUAAAUGUGAACCAACUCAUUCAGAGCUUUGCAAAGAGAGGUUUAGGUGUCAAAGACAUGGUGACUCUCUCAGGUGGCCACACUCUUGGAUUUUCACACUGUUCUUCUUUCCAAGCUAGAAUUCAAAACUUCAGUUUGUUGCAUGACAUUGACCCUAGUUUGAACACUGAGUUUGCACUAGACCUAAAAAAGAAGUGUCCAAAACCAAACACAAACUUCAGUGCUGGACAAUUUCUGGACUCAACAGCAUCAGUGUUUGACAAUGAUUACUAUAGACAAUUGUUGGUGGGAAAGGGUUUGUUCUCAUCAGAUCAGUCACUUGUUGGGGAUCAAAGGACUAGGUGGAUUGUUGAAGCAUUUGCCAAAGACCAAAGUUUGUUCUUCAAAGAGUUUGAAGCUUCAAUGUUGAAACUUGGAUAUGUGGGGGUGUCUGAAAAUGGGGAAGUGAGACUCAAUUGCAAGGUUGUUAAUUGAGAAUGAGAGGGGAGAGAGAAAGAGAGAGAUCGGUGAAUUUAGCACCGAUUUUUUUGCUUCUUUCCUUUCACCUUUGGUGUUUGGAUAACAAUUGUCUAAUAUGAUGUGUUGUUACUGCUUGUGUUUAAAUAAGAGAAAUGUUCACUUCUACAUUUA